AUGUCCGAAACCAAGACUCCAGCCGGAGUUUCCGUGAUACAGCAAUCACCCUCCACAGAAACAAACACACAGUCUACCCAAAUCGAAACUGAACAGCAAACUGAAUAUGUCUUCAAUCGUGACUACAGAUUCUGGUGCAUCAUCAUUGCUCUCUGCACGAUGCAAAUCCUGUGUUCGCUUGAAAAUACCGUUGUUGUGACUUCUCUACCGACGAUUGUUAAGCAUUUGGAUUUGGGAAGUAGUUAUGUCUGGGUUACUAAUUUAUUUUUCCUUACUGGCGCAGUAACCCAGCCUCUAACCGGUCAACUAGCCGGUCUUUUCGGCAGAAGACACAUCGCGCUCCUCUUCGUCGCGUUGUAUACACUCGGUAGCGGCAUCUGCGGGGGUGCAAACACCCCCGCAAUGUUGAUCGCUGGUCGUGCAAUACAAGGCGCGGGAAGUGGAGGCAUGACUGCGAUUAUGGGGAUUGUGAUUUCAGAUUUGGUGCCGCUGCGUUGGAGGAGUGCGUAUCAGGCGAUUUUAGCGGUGACGUAUGCGUUUGGGAUGGCGAUUGGACCGGUUGUUGGGGGGGCAAUUGUGCAGAGGACGGAGUGGAGAUGGGUGUUUUAUAUCAAUCUUCCUAUUUGUGCGGUUUCGUUUGCGCUUUUGUGGUGGUUUCUGAGGGUUAAGUGA